UUGGCGGGAGAAUUGGAAGCGGGUUUUGCGUCGCGUUUGGGGAAGGCGAGCGGUGCCCGGCUUUCCGAGACUGAGGGCGCGGAGCCGAGGCGGCGUCCCUGACCUGGGGAAGGGACGAGAGAGCCGCCCCCCGAGCGGACGGCGAGGACGCCCUGCGGCCGGUGGCCCCGGUUCUGCAGCCCCGGAUGUGUGAGGUGUUCUAAAUGGUUGGAUAACCACUGAUUAUUUCUGGACCUGAAUGGUUUAUAACUUCAGAAGGAACAAUGGGAAGCCAAGAAUUUAUUGUACUGUAUACUCAUCAAAAGGCGAAGAAGUCAAAAGUGUGGCAAGAUGGAACUUUGAAGAUGGCUCACCGAGGAAACAAAGCGAUUUUAUAUGAUGACAAAGGAGAACGCUUGGAGAGUUUAUUUCUGACGCGCCUUGAGGUAAAAGCUGGAGACAGCCUAGAAAGUGAGCGAUACUUAAUCACAGUGGAGGAGGCCAGAGCUGCUGGAAGCGCAGCUGUCAGCCAGGAGGACAUUCAGGAAGCACGAGGGCCCCAUCCACCGCGGUCCAUGCCCUGUGGCCGGUCCCUCGGGUGUCAGCCUGCCGGUUUGAAAAGGAAGUUUACUGGUUUUCAAGGACCACGGCAAGUGCCAAAGAGAAUGGUCAUUAUGGAAAAUGGCGAAUCAGCCGCGCCACUUGAGGCUGCAGCCCCUGGCCCUGCUCUCCUCGCUCCGUUCCCGAGCACCCCUCCUCUGUUCGCUGCUGCUGGCAGGGAAGGAGUCAGCAGCGCGCCGGCAGACCUCAGGAACAUUGUCGUCCGCAAGGACGGGAGGAGUGGCCCGCCGGGUUCUCCCGUCGGCUCUGCCCCCUCCUCCAGGAGUAACCCCGAGAGGCUGAGGGAGGAGGGUCAUCUUUGCUCUCCUGUCAGUUCUGCAGUCAAGGCCGCCAUUUCUUUCCUGCCUGACGAGCCCACGAAAGGACAUCGCUGGGCACCCCGCUGUUUAGGAGUCACACAAAACAUCAGAAGCAAAGCACAGAUCCUAGCUCUCCUGAAGUCCACGCCAGCCAGUGUGUCUGAGGACGUGGACGCUGAGAUGUCAGCACAUGUCCCUCGAGCACAACCACAAGGAAGCUUACACAUUCCCACUACACCGCAGUGCUUCGCUGAACAGGGAGCGUGUGCUGCGGGGAGAACAGAGCGCUUGCAGUGCCGGCGACCACCGGAAAGCACCGGGAGCAGGGACAGCCGGUGGGCUGUGUACUUAUCCCCACAGCCUUCGCCCGCUCACUCUUCUGCUGCAGCUGGAGAUGAGCUGGAAAGGGAGCCCCAGGCUGAGGGAGAUCACCUCAGUUUAAAUCUGAGAGACUUUUUGGAACAAAAAAGGAUCCAGUUAUUCGAAACAGGUGCUGAAACUGUGGAAAAGUUUAAUGGAGACAAGCUGGUAGACAAUGCUGACUCAUCCUGGGAUCGGGAAGUAAAAUCAGAGAUUCCUCCAUUCGGAGAAAGCGUAGCCGUUACCUGUGGCAGUUUGGGAAAGGAUGGCUUAGUGUCAGGGUCUGACACGCAAGGAACUCUUCCAGUGCCUGUUAAUCAGAAUGACCAGGUGUGCGUAAGAAGAUCCGUUCUUCCUGCAGAAAAUGCCCAGGAGACAGAUACCUGGGGGACGCCAGAAAGGCCGUGUAAACAAGCAGUGUCUCACCUGCCGGCAUCUGAACGUCUGCAGUUUGAAUCUUCACUGAGUGACAACUCUCAGAUCUCUGAAGCCGUCACUGACACGUUUUCUAGGACGAAUACUGACAGUGAAAGUCUUAGUAUUCAUGGACCCGUGAGUCAUGUGACACAGCCAGUUUUGGAGGUAAAUUUCAAUCUGAACAAUUUUGAAACCAGUGACACGGAAGAGGAACCCCAGGAAAGCAACAAAAUGUCCCAGGACCCAGAUGAUUGGGAAAGGGAGGCCUUGGCUGAUGCCUGCAGUUCAGGGGUUCAGAGGCGAUGUGAGGGUGUGCCCUGUGAGGAGGGUGGCGGUGCACCCUUGCCUUUCUUAACGCCUGUUGGGGGUAAACCGUGUCCUUCCCCAGAGACCCUGCUGCCACAGCUUUGUGGGGCAGCUGCACCCACUGGGGACGAAGCCGCGGGGUGCAGUGCCCGCACUGUAGGGUGGACCGAUGAUGUGGAUGCAGGUAAGGAAGCUGCUAAUAGCCCUACCCUCAAAGUCAGAAGUGACUGUGAUUUUGCUUCACUCCCGGAUAAAUCUAAAGGCAUAAAUUCAAAUUUAUAUAUUCCUCAUUUUUUAGACAUAGACACUAAUCAGACUCCUGAAAGCAACCUAUUUUCAGAACAGACUCCACCUCGGCCUUUUUUUAUGGGGUGUGACUUAGAUACAAAUGAACAGGUGUUACCGUCAACCUCUGGCAGUGACGACAGUAACCAACGAUUAGAUGCCAGUCGGAGUCAUUUUGACGAACGUAUUGCUCUUGAUAAAUCAACCCCGCAAGUUUCCAGUUCUUUGUUUUACCCUCUGGGAGGAAAGCAUCCUAUUUCCAGAGACACAGGAGCACAUAUUGCUGAAUCUGAAGAUUUGGGAGGGAUUCCGGGUUUACCCCAUGACCAUGUUGAAGUAGAUGCUGCUGGAGCAAGCAGACAGUCCUGGGAUCGUCCUAGGAAUUCUCCAGAACUCUCUGGAUUAAGAAACAAUAUUUCCCUCUUAAGGUCACUGUCUGAACACAGUACAGCUUUAGAAGGCUUGGAAAUGCUGAAAAAGAAAAUUCCUGCCUUCAAACAACAAGCAGCCCUGGAGACGCAGCCCGAGAGCAGCCCUGAAGAAAUAAGUUUUAAGAAAAUGUCAGAGCAGUGCGGUGUGCGUGCUGAGGAACAUCGCCGGGCGUCGUCUGUUACAGCUGGGAAGCCCUUGACUAUCGGAGUUUCGCCAGCCGGUCCCCAGGUUCCGCAUCUGAACCAGGAUUCUCAACUGCGUUCUGCUCCCAGGAUGAUGAAAGAAAAUGACCAAGUGGACCCAGGUGGACCAGCGCAGUCUCUGCCGUUCUUUCCCGUGGGAAGUGAAGAAGAGACCGUUUUUCCAGCUGUUACUCCUACACAAACAGAGAGAACCACCUGGGACCCUCAGCCUGUUGAGUUCCAAGGGCACCAAGUGCAGGGGUCGGCGACCAGUGCUGUGAUGGUCCGAGGGCACUGCCCGCCGCUGGGCUGCAGCCCUUUAUCCAGACCACUGCCUCUGAAGGCCACCCUGGGACUGCCCUGGGGCAGUGAUGGCAAACCGAAGCGUGCAGCAGACUUGACAGGGACACAGGUGUCAUUUGGAGGAGACGUGUGGAUGCUGCUGGAUGGAUGUGGAGGGCGGGGGAAGACGGAGAGAGACUCCUACCUCCGGAGGAGGGAACCGAGUGGUUCCCAGGUGCCCCCGCCCGCACAGGAGGGCUCAGCACCAGGCCCCGCGGCCGCCUUCUCUCUGGGCUCACGCGACGAGGCCUUCCUGCUCGAAGUCCCCGAGGGGGCCCUGCCAGCAAGACCGUCACCAGGAAUGGAAAGACUCAGUUCCCUGGAGAGCCAGCACCUUCCGAGGCUGCCUUCGUUCAGCAGAGCCCGAGCUGCGCUCGUGACUGCGCCCCCAGUGGAUGCGCCCCCCGACGGAGACCCUGGGCCCUGGGCUGCCGCCCGGGGCUGGCAGCUGUCUCCCGGCUCUCCCGGCUCUCCCCUGUUCAGCCUGUGUGAGGAGCCAGCCGUUCUUCCUCCCAGCUCUGGGCCUGAGGACCAGAGCGAAACCCUUCUGUGUCAGGCGUCCAUGGAGGUGACCCCAGGGCGUGUUUCACUUCACGGAAUGUCUGCUCGAAGCAAGUGGCUGAAAUACCAAACCACGUUCCCGUGCGCCCUGCCGACUCCAGGCCAGCCUAAGGCAGGUGUCACGGAGGACGGCUUCCCUGCGGCGGCCGUGGGGCUGUGCGGUGGUGACGCAGGUGAGAGACGCCGCGAUGCUGGGGACGGCCCCGCAGGCCCCACGCCUCUGCAGAGGGUGCGAGGCCAGCUCCGGCGGCAGCAGCAGGGCGCCGGCCCGCGGGACUUUGUUUGUGGAAGGAGAGCGCUGUCUUUGAGGCUGGAGUCUGCAUCUGAGGCUGAGGAUGCCCAGGAGGUGUGGGGAGCGUCUGCGUGUGCGACCGGCGUGCAGGAGAUAAGCGUCUCUGAGCUAUGCUUCCCCAGUGGGCGGGAGGUAACAUCUGCUCCUCUUCCCCGAAGGCAGACACGUGUGCCCGCUGUCUUCCAGUCUCCCGCUCACUACAAGCAGGUCUUCACCUCCUGUCUCGUAGAGCAUCUGAACAUACUGUUGUGCGGGCUGGCUCAGAGGCUGCGCAAAGCGCUCUCCGCAGUCGACGUGUCCUUUUACACAUCGUCCCUCGGAGCGGGAGGGAGCGCCGCGGGAAGCAGGGUGCCGUCCUGCCGCCACCAGCGGCCCGCGAAGCUCGUCAUGGUGAAGAAGGAGGGGCCCAACAAGGGCCGUCUCUUCUACACCUGUGACGCGCCCAGGGCGGACAGGUGUGACUUUUUUAAGUGGCUUGAGGAGGUGGCCCCAGGACACGUUGCACAGGCGGACUCCCCGCCCGCCCUGGUAGUGCCCGUCUACGAGGAGUGCCAGCUCUCGGUGAGCAGUGUCAACACCGCCAGGCAGCUGCAGGAACGCCAUUUUCUCAUCAUUGUUGUACACAAUCCCAAUCCCAAGCCUGGCUCUGGUGAGGGCAGGGCCAUGGUGGUGGCUGCCACAGCCGGACUGCAGUGCAGAAAAGGAUUUGAUUUUCAAAGAAAACAGUAUGGCAAACUUAAGAAGUUUGCGACCGGUCACCCUGAACUGUAUCCUGAACCUAAAAGCAAACUGUAUCUCAGGCUGAGUCGGAAGGAAAGUUCUUCGGCUUACAGCAAAGACGAUCUGUGGGUGGUCUCCAAAACCCUGGACUUCGAGCUGGACACGUUCAUCGCCUGCAGCGCGUUCUUCGGGCCAUCGUCCGCCAACGAGGUGGAGCUGCUCCCUCUGAAAGGCUACUUCCCCUCCCGGUGGCCCAUGGACACGGUCGUCCACGCGCUGUGGGUCUGCAACGCCAGCACGGAGCUGACCACCCUGAAAAACAUGCGGGAGCACUUCAGCCCCGCGACCCUGCCUCUGACGCAGCACCUGCUGGCCAUGCCUUCGUCAGCUGCAGUCAGCAGUAAGAGUGUGGACAAGAGAAGAUUCGUCCCGCCCGCCUUCUCCAAUACCCACACGCACUGUGAGCUGCCCGGCCCAGGAGCAGCCCUGCAGUUGGCCAGCGCCUUCAUCCAGGCCCACCAGCUGAACGAGGACCAGGCUGCCGCUCUCGCCCAGAUAGCGCGCAUGGUGGCGGCGCGUGGGCCUGCUCAGGCGGGGGAGGGGCCGCCCGCCUGCCCCCUCCCCAUCACCAUCGUCCACGGAGUUUUUGGAGCAGGAAAGAGCUACUUGCUGGCAGUGGUGAUUCUGUUUCUGGUGCAGCUGUUUGAAAAGAGUGAGGCUCCCGCAGUGGGACGUGCACGGCCGUGGAAAGUGCUGGUUUCUUCUUCCACCAACGUGGCUGUGGACAGAGUGCUCCUCGGGCUCCUCAGUCUUGGAUUUGACAAGUUUGUCAGAGUUGGGAGUGUUAGGAAGAUCGCCAAGCCGGUCCUACCUUACAGCUUGCACGCUGGCUCAGAAAAUGCCAGUGAGCAAUUGAAAGAAUUACAGGCGCUGAUGAAAGAAGACCUGACUCCCAUGGAAAGAGUCUAUGUGAGGAGAAGCAUCGAGCAGCAUAAACUGGGGACCAACAGGACCCUCCUGGGGCAGGUCCGCGUGGUGGGCGCCACCUGCGCGGCCUGCCCGUUCCCCUGCAUGGCCGGCCUGCGGUUCCCUGUGGUGGUGCUGGACGAGAGCAGCCAGAUGACCGAGCCCGCCUCCCUCCUCCCCAUCGCCAGGUUUGAGUGUGAAAAGCUGGUUCUCGUUGGGGAUCCCAAGCAGCUUCCCCCCACGAUCCAGGGAUCGGAGGCGGCUCACGGGAACGGGCUGGAGCAGACUCUGUUCGAUCGACUCUGCUUGAUGGGCCACAAGCCAGCUCUGCUGAGGACCCAGUACCGCUGCCACCCGGCCAUCGCCGCUGUGGCUGACGACCUGUUUUACGGCGGCGGCCUGCGGAACGGUGUCUCGGAGGCCCAGAGGGGCCCGCUGCUCGCCUGGCUGCCCACCCUGUGCUUCUACCACGUCCCGGGGCAGGAGCAGAUGGAAGGAGGGAACAGCUUCCAUAAUGAGGCGGAGGCCGCCUUCACCCUGAUGCUGAUUCGAGCUCUGGUUGCAGGUGGAAUCCCAGGCACCAUGAUCGGGGUGAUAACGCUGUACAAGGCCCAGCUGGGCAAGCUGUGCCACCUGCUCGGGACCGUGGACCUGGACCGCCCGCAGCUUGCGGCCGUGCAGGUGUCCACCGUGGAUGCCUUCCAGGGGGCCGAGAAGGAGGUGGUCGUGCUGUCCUGCGUGCGCACCAGGCAGGUGGGCUUCAUCGACUCAGAGCAGCGCGUGAACGUGGCCCUGACCCGCGGGAGGCGGCACCUGCUGAUCGUGGGGCACCUGGACUGUCUGCGGAGGAGCCGGCUGUGGGGCCGCGUGAUCCAGCACUGCCAAGGCAGGGAGGACGGGCUGCAGCAGGCCAGCCAGUGUGAGCCGCGGCUGCGGCGGCUCCUGGAGGAGCACGCGGAGAAACUCGCGGGAGAAAAGCAGAAGAAAGCCAGUGGGAGAGACGGAUGUGAAGAUGCGUCUCCUUCGCCAGGGAACGGGCCUGUGUAGGGCCUCAGUGUCCGGGACGCUGGCCCGCCUCGCGCUCACGUGCCGUUUUAUUCCCCCAAACCCGUUCUCACAGAAGACGCAGGCUACUUAAGUCACACUAGAUAGAUGCACAUAGAUACUCUUCAAAAGUACACGUUACUGAGGCUGAGAUAAGAUGCUGAAGGUGAUAGGAAAGCUUAUAAUAAAAAUUUUUCUAAGAAUUUGCUUAAAAAAUAAGUGUUACACAGGGCAGGGGAAGCCUUCAGGGCUUUUCAAUGUUGCUUCGGAAGUGAGCGAAUCUCUCAGGCUCACCUGUUAGAACACAUCCCUGGUUCUGCCAGCACCCUCCCGGGUGACACUCGGCCAGCCUGACCCGUCGCCUGCCACGCGGUCAGCAAGCAGGGCUCUCGACGAAGCUUGUCUGUCCCCGAGGAGAAGCGCCCAGGCUGGGCCAUGCGCGUCCCUGGGGCGGACAGUAAGGGAGGAGCGAAUGGCUGCCUUGGGUUCACUUCCUCUAGCCUUUCCCUCAGCAUGUAUUUGCCCAAUAGUUACUGGUGUAGAUGGUAUAUAAUGGAUUUUAAAAAUAUUUAUUAUAGAAAUUCAUCUGCUUGUAGAACACCAUUGCUGACUUGGUGCC